GGGAGGGCAGCGAGACACACCCGUGCUCCCAGAAAUCAAAAUUCCCGAGCGCUCACUCCGUCCGUCCCCCCGUCUCUCAAUUCCCGCCCCGCCCUGGAAAAAAGGCAGUCCCUCCGUCUCAGAAGAGACGGCAUCUCUCUCUCUCUCUCUCUCUCUCUCUCGGCCCUGUAACCCAACUUCUCUUAUCUCGGGUGCCAGACUUCACGCCCCAUUUCUCCAGCCAUCUCGCAGCCCCUGCAGUCAUCUCCAGGAAACCAUCGGAAGGCAUCAAGCUCCUCUUUCAAGUGCUUUAUUAUUUGUGCGGGAGCCAAGGGCGACGUCAUUAUUCAUAUUCAUGGGAUAUUAAUUGCUAUUGAAGAAGAAGAGGAAGGAAGGAAAGCCGGAGCCUGGACGGGGUGUGUGUGUGUGUUUAUGUGCGCGUUGAAGAGCGGGAAGCGACGCAAACUCUCCUGCUCUCUUUCUUUCUCCCUCUCCCUCUCCCUUCUUCCUAUCAGGGCGUCCUUUUCCUCCUCCCUCCGCAGCCGCGGAGCUCCGCGUGCGGAGGGAGCCCCCUAGCGGCAGGGCAGCGCGCCGCAGCGCGCCUUGGCACGGCUCUGAUUCGUCGCCCGCCAGCCAGCCAGCCAGCCGGUCGGACUUGGAGAGGCUGGGACGCGGCUGCCUCUCUCGCAAGUCUCGCCGAUUCUUCUUCUUUUCUCUCUCGCUCCUGCUCGCAGCUGGAAUGACUCUCGGACAGCGCUCGAGGCGGCUUUUCGGCGCUUCUCCUCCUCCAGCGCCGGCUUCCUUCUGCAGCCUCGCUUUGCCCUGGAAGGGAUGAUCGGCCGAGGGCUUUGCAGCUGGGCUGCUUCAUCCCUUGUCCAAAGUUAAAAAGAAGAAGGCAACAAGGAGCAACUCCCGCUUAGCCAAGAAGUCCUUCUUCUUCUUCUUCUUCUUCUUCUUUUUUUUGCAAGAGACAAAUCGCUCGGCACGCCCGGACUGCCUCUGUGCCAAGACAGAGACGCUAGGAAGCGGUCGUGCGCUCCGGGCCGCCUUCUUCUCCUCCCUCCUCGGCGAAGUUUCCUGCCGCCGUGCCCGUCCGCGGGGCGCCUCCCUUGCGCAGGCUGGCUCCGCGGGGGCGCCUGUUUCCGCGGGACCCCGCUGGCCACAGCAUGGAGCAGCAGCAGCAGCAGCCGCGCCGAGGCGGGGAUCCUCGCGCAGCCCUGGGCGCUGCUGCCGAGACCCUGUAGCUUGCUUGCUUCCCUCUCUCCUCGCCUCGCCUCUCCUCUUCCCAUGGACUAUUGCCAGAGAUCGGCGCCUGCUUUCGGACCCUCCAUGCAGUAGGCUGGCGCGAGCUCUCCUGGUUCUAUAAAGUGGAUGUCAGGUGGAUCUAUGUUCCUGGAGGAACAAAGAGCAAGCGAAGGCAACGCUGUGGAAGUUUGAACUGGGAGGAUGCAGCCUGUGUACUGGUACGCGGUGCUUCUGUUGCAACCAGCACUCUACCUGGUCACAUGCGCAAAUCUAACCAGUGGUGGAAAAUCAGAACUUCUAAAAUCAGGUGGUUCCAAAUCCACGCUAAAGCACAUAUGGACAGAGAGUAGCAAAGACUUAUCCAUCAGCCGGCUGCUAUCACAGACUUUCCAUGGCAAAGAGAACGAUACGGAUUUGAGCCUGCGGUAUGAUGCCCCAGAAACAUAUUCCGAGCAAGAUCUCUGGGAAUGGCUGAGGAACUCCACAGACCUUCAAGAGCCUCGCCCCAGAGCAAAGAGACGGCCCAUUGUCAAGACUGGGAAGUUUAAGAAAAUGUUUGGCUGGGGCGAUUUUCAUUCCAACAUCAAGACAGUCAAGUUAAACCUGUUGAUAACUGGGAAAAUAGUGGAUCAUGGCAAUGGGACGUUUAGCGUUUACUUCAGGCAUAAUUCCACUGGCCAAGGGAAUGUAUCUGUGAGCUUGGUGCCCCCGACUAAAAUUGUGGAGUUUGACUUGGCACAACAGACAGUGAUUGAUGCCAAAGAUUCCAAGUCCUUUAACUGCCGCAUUGAGUACGAGAAGGUCGACAAAGCCACCAAGAACACCCUCUGCAACUACGACCCUUCAAAAACAUGUUAUCAGGAGCAGACCCAAAGUCACGUCUCCUGGCUCUGCUCCAAACCGUUUAAAGUAAUCUGUAUUUACAUUUCCUUUUAUAGUACAGAUUAUAAACUAGUACAGAAGGUGUGUCCCGAUUACAACUACCACAGUGACACGCCUUACUUCCCUUCAGGUUGAAGUGGGCCGCGCCUCUGAGACUGGACCCUGUGGAGUAAAUAAAUAAAUACACAAAUAAAAUAACGCUAAUUUUAAACAAAAAUAUGGGGAAAAAUACGAAAGAGGUCACAUGACAGGGCUGUUACCUCAAAGAAGAAGGCCACAUCUCUUGCCUGGAAUGUGUCUACACACUGCUGCUGAUGUCAACUGGCUGCAAAUAUCUUAGCGGAAACCAGCCUAAUGUCAUUUCUGCCCAGUCAGUUCCAUGUAUAUCAGUCCAGUUGUAAAUCACUGUGGAUUUUAAAUAAUACCACACACAAUUUCUCUCUCUCUCUCUUUGUCUUUCUCCUUCUCCCUCUUUGCAGCUUGCAGAUCUAUCGAGAUUCCUGUUAAGAGGGCAUUCAUUGUCUGAUAUAUGAUGUUUCAGGAUAACCUAUCAUCGAGCAAAAAGGAUUAACUAGACAGAGGAUGUUUUGUUUUUGUUUCUCCACAGACUGUUAUGGAAAUCUUCUUUUAUGGUCCUGAAUACAUUAUAAUCAAUAAUCCCCAUUCAUACAUCCUAUCACUUGGAGUAGCUGUACUGGUAAAUAAUAUUGUAGGAGUAAAAUGCUUGUUAAAACAGGGGUUGGGUGGGAAAUGUGUGUGUUUAGAGCUCAGUAUUCCUCUUUAUAUGAACACAACAAAGUAUAUUGACUUUUAUUCAGCACCCAGUGGGCACAUUCAAGGUGGUGUUAGGUGGGCCUUUUUUGGUGAAGGGAGCCUGUUGAACUAAUAAAGAUGAGCAAACAUUUGGAAUUUACAUGUGAACAGAAAGUUACGAUUUUGUAGUUUGGUGGUCCUCACUCAACUGGGAUACUCUCCAAUUCCCAUAUAGGAAGGAGAAUGCCUGAUAGGUAACAUGUAAGUUGUAAGUGUCCAUCUUAUCUUUAUAACACAAUAUUGUAACAAACAAACAAACAAACAAACAAUAUCCUAGUCUUCAUUUGUAUGAAUGGUUUGUAUUGUACAUAGUUUAACCUGUGUUAUUUGAGCUGCUUAUUAAUAUUAACUUGUAAUUGUCUCUCUGCUUGUUAUUGGUUAAAAACAAGGAAAUGAGGAAUUCAUUUUAUCAAUGUAGCUGUAAACUCCAUUUAAGAUGACAGAAUUAUGUACAAAGCAUUUAUUCAGCUAAAGUAUUGUUGAAAGCUAUACAACUUACAACAUUUACAAUCUGUCUGUAUUUAGAUCUUUUGUUUCCAGGUGAAAACAAUUGAAAUGUACAUAAAAAAAAUAAAACACUUGAAUUCGAGUUUCAAUAUG